CUUACAGAUUUAAACAAAACACCAUGGAGGAGGUGAUGUUAAGAAGGCUAAAAAUAAUAUGUGGCGAAAUAGAGAAAAUAAAUAAGCAAGCCAACAACAUAUUGGUCUCAGUCUCUCUUCUGGAGUCUAUGUCAACACAAGAAGUUGAAAUCAUUGUUCAGAAAUUAGAAACCGUCAUAAAGAGAUUCUGCGAUGAAUUGAAUAAUUAUUUUAGAAUAGCUCAGGAGCCUGCGGCUGAUGAUAUUUCAAGUAUGAGCAUUAUUCAACUUGGCGCAGAAGAAAAUUUAGCUGAGUUAAGAAUAAAAUUAAACAAUAAGAAAGCUAAUAUGUCUACAAGGGCGAAAAGCACGACGUUUGUCUCUGGGAAAUUACCAAAGUUAUGUCUAGCGGAGUUUGAUGGCAAUAUAUUAAAUUGGCAUCAAUUUUGGGACCAAUUUAACUCUAACAUACAUUCAAGAAAUCUGUCGGACGUCGAUAAGCUGUUAUAUUUAAAGGCAUCUUUGAAUGGCGAAGCGCAGAAGGCACUUGAUGGUCUGGAAACCACAAAUAAAAAUUACCAGAUAGCUGUAACGGCGUUGAAAGAAAGAUAUGGUAAACAUAACUUACUAAUAGAUUCACAUUAUGCAGCAUUAUAUAAGAUUAAAGGCGCCGAGAAUAACAAUGAAGACUGUAGGAAGGUUUUGAAUGAGGUUGAACAACACCUAAGAGUUUUAUCUUCUCUAGGAGAAAACAUUAACCACAAUCAUCUUCGCUUCAUGAUUAUGGAGAAAUUUCCGGAAAACAUUAUAUACGAGUUAAGGUCAAAAACUAAUGCUGAUUCUAUUAGCGACAUUAGAAAGGAACUGGAGAACAUAAUAUCUGCCAAGGAGGAUGCUUGUCGCAUUACUAGGGAGAGUAACAAAGAUAAACAUGUAGCAUAUACGGUUGAAACACUUCACGUAAGUAACGAACCUGUAAAUGAGAGAAGCUUACCUUUUAAAGAAGACCACGGGAAUUUCAGAUUUGAGAGAGACUCGAGAAAUCUGCAGAAGAGAAAUCGUAGUCCCGUUCAUAUUUAUGAAGAGAAAAGAACAAAAUUCAUGUGUAUAUUUUGUAACGAAAAUCACUACAAUGAUCAAUGCACUAAAUUUAAAACAAUUGCACAACGGAAAGAGAAAUUAGGAAAUCGCUGUUAUGGGUGCCUAAGGAGUGGACAUAGCCUCAGAACAUGUAGGAGACAGCGGAAGUGUCAAUAUUGUGGACAAGUCGGCUGCCACGAUAGAGCCUUGUGUCCCAAAAGAGACUACUGAUUUCGGGUUUCAUGACCUUGAAAACAAUAUCCUAAAAUUUUAGAUUAGCAUAUACUUUACCUUAAUACCUUAAUUUUGUUAAAAUAUACUGCAGAUAUUUCAGCAUAGUAUUCAACCUCGUUAUUGAAAUAAAAUAAUUGAAGAAGCCUUAAAGAUGUAUAGAGAAGCAAAAACACUUUCAUGGAUAUGUUUAAAAACUUAGGAGAAUAGGAAGUAAUUUAGAAGAUUUCAGAUAGAAUAUACCUGAUGCAACUACUUAAAGAUAAAAAUUAUAAUAUUUUAGAACUUACUUGGGCAUUAGACGAAUAUAAACUCAACUGACACUUCAAAUAAUAACCAGCUAGCGAACACCAAGACAGACAAAUGGUUAACAGAACUGAUAUUCUUAUUAGAUACUCCGAAUUCAACUUUUCUCUUCUAGCGCGGGACGGUCUUGCGAAGGAACCGACUCCUAAAAUCCAAAUGAAGACGAUGUCUAAAGUGAACUGGGCAUAUGAAACGCUAUCCCAUAUUUUUAUCAAUAAUCUGAUUAUGGCCAUACACGAGGAAACUGUCACGUCGAAGUCAACCACACCGUGUAUAAUACGUACAUACAUAAUCUUACGCCCACAAUCCCUGAUGGGGUGGGCAGAGAACUUGCAGUCACUGGUGAAACAAGUAUUAUUCGAGUAUUAUCCGUAUCGUUCAUGAAUAUUCGUCAAAAUUACUGGACUCCUCAAGGGAAGUGUCACGUGCAAAGGAUACUCUUUCACCAACACCGGCACUGCCACCAGAGAAAGUGUAUUAUUGAGCACCAUUUUCAUUUACCGGUUUGGGCUAUGAAUUCUGCGCAAGUUAAACAUGACAUAAACGACGGAUUUGUUACCUUGCUUUGCAGUGCGAGCUAUUCAUUUAAGAUUCAUCUGCCUAAAGGGAUCAGUUUACUUUAACCUGAGGCACUCCGACUUGUGACAUCAGACUACACUGGAGGCACAUUAUAUCAUACUGAAAUAGAAAAUUUGUGUGGUUCACCAUUAUUGGAAAUUGGUACUCCAUAGUCACAUGAGGUCAUCGCUGAGCCUGGACAUUUAAGUGAUAGUUCUUUGAUAGAUACUGAGACUUUCAUCGAGGUAACUAGCCCUAGUUAAAGACAUGAUGCUGCCACUAGAGCCCUGGAAAGGAUCAUGAAGUGGAUGUGUAAUCUUUAAACCCUACUAAAUUAAUCGCCUUGCCGUUGGGUGUGUCGCGACGUUGGUCGCGAAGUGUACAUAGUGUCAAUAUUACUAAUGGCAACAUGAAGCAGAAAUAUUCCCGCCAGCGUUGUUCCCAAGAUUUGUCUAUGGAGGUGAAUCGGUGGACGUGUCUCCGACCAAGUAUCAAUGUGAAGCAGAUAUAGUCUCAGAAUACUAAUCUCAGUGGGAAACUAUAGGUCAGUUAUAAUUUGAUAUAUUUUUUAAUUCGAUCAAUAUCGCUAUGUUCUGGCGUAGCGACAGUACGUUCACUUUUGCGCAUAAAAUGUCUAUUUUACCGGAUAGGGAUAUCCAGAGGAUUCUGGAAGAUAGGGACGCGGUAAGCAUCAUAUCAGAUAUUGAAACUGUUGUAUGAAAAUGAAGA